AAACUUGCAACUGCAUAACUUAGUAGCUGACUUAGACUCUGAUCAUGGCAUCAAAAGGAACACCUCUUCCUCUUCACGACACUCUACGAGACCUUGCUCUUCUGCGUGCUUCUUCUAUAGACCUCUCUGGUCUGAUUGCUGACGAUCCGACAUCCUCACAGGCCCCGAGAGAGGUUGAAGGGGUCGAAGAGUCCGCAAUACAAUCAUACGUGUUCGUGAGAGAAGUGCGGACAGCUUUGAGAAUGCACAAUUCAGGCGAAGCGCAAAAGCAAGCGACAAGGAUUGAGAAUGUGCAAGUGGAGCUAGUAGAUGUGUUGAGAAGUUUGUCGGAUUGAGGUGUGUAACAAUUUAUCAGCCUGAGCUUGGUCAAUUCUCUUUACUGAUUUUGUCUCGAAGCUUCAGGUGCCAUUCCCAGAUGUGUUGACCAUAUAGCUCAUUCUUGUUAUUUGGUAUUCUCGAUCUUCCCACUAGGUUGCAUAAUUCAAUGAAGUCACGGUGCGCUACUAAGU